AUGGCUUCUCACGUGAAGGCCAUUGUGUUCGGCGCUGCCGUCCUGGCAGCAUUUGUUCUCGCGGCCGAGGGCCGCGCUGCCCGGAAGGACCUGGGGCUGGGCCUCGACCUCGGCGGCGGCGGCGGCCUCGGGGUCGGCACGGGCGGCGGUCUGGGAGUCGGCACGGGCGGCGGCGUGGGGAUCGGCUCAGGGAUCGGUGUCGGCAUUGGCGGUGGCGGUGGCGGUGGCGGCUCUGGCUCCGGGUCAGGGUCCGGGUCUGGGUCUUACUCAGGCUCUGGGUCAGGCUCCGGCUCAGGUUCCGGGUCUGGGUCUUGGUCUGGCUCAGGCUCAAGGUCGGGCUCUGGGUCGUCGUCGGCAGGGUCAAGUGCGGGCUCGUACGCCGAGUCGGGCGCGGGCUCGAACGCAGGGCCAGGCGGCGCAGGGUCGUACGCCGGUUCACGAGCUGGCUCCUACGCGGGCUCCAACGCCGGGAGCGGAGGCUCCGGCGCCGGCUCGUACGCCGGCUCUGAGGCGGGCUCGUACGCAGGGUCCGGUGCUGGCCCGCAUGGGGGGUCCGGGGCGGGCUCGUACGCGGGCUCCAGGGCUGGCUCCUACGCUGGCAGCGGGCAUGGCAAGUGAGAGUCAGCUGCAUACGCGCUCUCGCCACUCUACCGAAGUGCUAUAUUGUGUGUGUUUAAAAUGGAUCGCCUCCAUGCAGUUGUAUAAAUAAAUAAGUGUGGGUGGCGAACGAUGAAUAAGGUGGCAUGUGUAUUAGUGUGUAUAAUUUGCACCCAUGAAUAAUUCAGCACAUAUGAAGUAAGGAAGAUUGGUUUGA